UCUGGCUAGCUUGACUGAGCUGUCAGUGGAGCAGCCCAGUGGUGACGGCAGGCAGGGAAAGCCCUCAGACAGUAAGUACAGUGUCUCCGGUGAAGACCGACGCCCCGCGCGCUGCUGGCUCCACACUGAAGGCUGCGCCUCGAAACGGACGGUACACACUUCCAGGACCGCGAGACCCGAGCUGUGCGCGCCGCUUCGUUCGCGAGGGAGGACAUGGCUGAUGUGAAUUCAAACGAGUCGUCCACCACGGACGUGGCCAACAGGUUCGCUCGCAAAGGUGCCUUGAGGCAAAAGAACGUCCACGAAGUGAAGAACCAUAAAUUCACAGCCAGGUUCUUCAAGCAGCCGACUUUCUGCAGCCACUGCACCGACUUCAUCUGGGGGUUUGGAAAACAAGGAUUCCAGUGCCAAGUUUGCUGUUUUGUGGUCCACAAGAGGUGCCAUGAAUUAGUCACAUUCUGCUGCCCAGGGGCAGAUAAGGGGCCCGACACAGACGAUCCCAGAACGAAGCACAAGUUCAAGAUCCACACCUAUGGGAGCCCCACCUUCUGUGACCACUGCGGCUCUCUGCUGUAUGGCCUCAUUCACCAGGGCAUGAAGUGCGACUCCUGCGACAUGAAUGUCCACAAUCAGUGCGUUAUGAACGUGCCCAGCCUGUGUGGAACCGAUUACACCGAACGGAGAGGGCGUCUUUUCCUCAAGUGUGAGGUCACUGUGGACAAGCUGCAGGUCACAGUGACUGAGGGCAAAAACCUGAUCCCCAUGGACCCCAAUGGCCUCUCUGAUCCGUUCGUCAAGCUCAAGCUCACGCCAGACCCCAAAAAUGAGACCAAGCAGAAGACCAAAACCAUUCGCUCCAACCUCAACCCCAAAUGGAACGAGACCUUUAGCUUCAAGCUGAAGUCGACUGACAAGGACCGCAGGCUCUCGGUGGAGGUGUGGGACUGGGACCGGACCACUAGGAAUGACUUCAUGGGGGCCCUCUCUUUCGGCGUAUCAGAGCUCAUAAAGGCUCCAGUCUGUGGCUGGUAUAAGUUAUUGUGCCAGGAGGAAGGGGAGUACUACAACGUUCCUAUCUCAGAGGAGGAUGACGGGAAUGAGGAACUCAGGGAGAAGUUUGAGAAAGCCAAGCUCGGGCCAGGUAAGAAGGGGAUCACCGAGCCGGACGGCAGCCGCUCCAGCCCGCUGCCCUUCCUCAGCCUGAACGAGGUCAAACUCAGCGACUUCUCCUUCCUGGCUGUGCUUGGGAAAGGGAGCUUUGGCAAGGUCAUGUUGGCAGAGAUGAAGGCCACCGAAGAGCUGUACGCAAUAAAGAUCCUAAAGAAGGACGUGGUGAUCCAGGACGAUGACGUGGAAUGUACCAUGGUGGAGAAGAGAGUCCUGGCCCAACAGGACAAGCCGCCCUUCCUCACAUACCUGCACUCGUGCUUCCAGACUGUGGACCGUCUGUACUUUGUCAUGGAGUAUGUGAAUGGGGGAGACCUUAUGUACCAUAUCCAACAAGUGGGCAAGUUCAAGGAACCUCAGGCAGUGUUCUAUGCAGCAGAGAUCGCUGCUGGUCUCUUCUUCCUGCAUCUUAAAGGAGUCAUCUACAGGGAUCUGAAGUUGGACAAUGUGAUGCUGGACUCCGAGGGACACAUUAAGAUUGCUGACUUUGGCAUGUGUAAAGAGAACAUGUCAGAAGGAGUGACCACACGCACCUUCUGCGGCACUCCCGACUACAUAGCCCCUGAGAUCAUUGCAUAUCAGCCCUAUGGACGCUCUGUAGACUGGUGGGCAUAUGGAGUUCUGCUCUACGAAAUGCUGGCAGGACAGCCUCCGUUUGAUGGCGAGGAUGAAGAUGAGUUGUUCCAGUCUAUUAUGGAGCACAACGUGUCCUACCCCAAGUCCCUGUCCAAGGAAGCUAUCUCCAUCUGCAAAGGGCUGAUGACCAAACACCCGUCCAAGCGUCUGGGCUGUGGUGCUGAGGGUGAGAGGGACAUCAGGGAACACGCCUUCUUCAGACGCAUCGACUGGGAACGCCUCCAGAACCGGGAGAUACAGCCGCCCUUCAAGCCCAAAGUGUGCGGCAAAGGAGCAGAGAACUUUGACAAGUUCUUCACUCGCACUCAGCCGCAGCUCACACCUCCAGAUGAGCUGGUUAUCGCCAACAUUGACCAGGCCGAGUUCGCAGGGUUCUCCUUCAUCAACCCACAGUUUGUGAACCCGGUGCUCCCUAUCAGCCUAUGAGAAGGAUGGGGAAACCUCCCAGAAGAACCUCCCUGCUCACUGCCACCAACUUAAAGCAACCGCCAACCUGACAUCUGACCACAACUUGAUCUAGGCCCGCUACGAACCUUUAUGUAUUGGUUUUAUUUCUAAUCGGCAUUCUAGGCCAUGCAUAUUUGCUCUGUACAGUAUAUUUGGCAUUAUAGAGUAUAUAGAUCACAAUAGUUUUCUUCAGUGUAAUGAUGAGCAGGAUGUCCUUACCGCUGCCAUUUAUAUUGAAGGUUUAACAUGACUGAAGGCACUCGGUCUUAAGCUUUAUUAAUCUACGCCACCGUAUGAUGAAAUGUAGAGAAUAUAUUAAUCUAUGCCUAUAUAUAUGAUAUAAGAAUGAUAAUGUUAAAGGGGCAUUCAGCUACAAUACCAUUUAAGGCAUGGAUUAACUGAUUCUGCAAAAGGGUUUCAUGCUUAUCUCCACGGACAAACAUUAUAAUCGACAGAUCCAGUUGGUGGGUCACAGUUUGUUUCCAUAAUUAUCACAAUGCAGAUGUUAUGUGAUGACCUGAAAAACACUGGUACAAGGCCAAAUAUGAAGGACAGGUGGUGCAGGCAUUGAAGCAGCACCUUGUGAAUCAAUGUUUCCUGCAUCAUGUUUACAGUUUUCCUCCCCUUUGAUUUCAUGGUGACGCUAUACAAUUCUAUUUUAGUACAAUUCGAUUCUAGCCAGUAGCAAUUCAACUAAAAGACAGUUAAUUAGAUGAUAUGCAGCCUGUAAGAAUUCUAACAUGUGAGACACGUAGGUAUGAAAGUGUGUCAGGGUUGGUUCCAAUUCUUAGCGUAACUGUUAUCUCCCUACCUGCUUUUAAAAGUAACAAUUCACCUAUUUUCUAGCCCUUACUUAAGCUGCAGAUUGUAUACUUCCCUUGUCAAUAAUUUUGUGGACACUAUGUGAACACACAGUAAUCAUGUUAGUAUGUGGGCAGUGGCACAACAUCCUUAUAUCUACCUUAGGAAAGAAAAUCAAAGCUAUACCGUUUACAGUUUGUCAUGUUUUAGCCACUGUCUCUGUCCCAUGCUAUGCCCAUAAUUACAAUUGGUCGUAAAUGUCUCAACAGAAGCAGUAAAGACGUUUUGAUAAACUUUUUUUUUUAAUUUUUAGAAUAUACCACAAUAUAAUUGUGUAUUAACCAUCCAAUGUUAUAUUGCAUUCAGUAUCACGUGAACAUGAAACACAGUUGUUAGUUUUCUUAGAUACAGAAGUUGCAAACCAAUAGGAGCAUUUCUUCUGACAAUGCUUUGUUGUCCUGACAACAAACUCAUCCUUCAUUCGGAGUGUGUCAGCACAAUCAUCAGUACAAACAUUUGUUUGCAUCUGUUUUAAUUUCUUUCAAUGUCUUUAAAAAUAGAUUAGUUUAAAUUCCCCUCCUUUUUGGUGAUCUCAUACAUAUUUUUCCAUUAGAUCAGAUAAAUAUGUUAUUGUGUCUACUAUCAUCGCAUAACUCCUUUGUAAAUAAUCAUGAGUUAUUUAAAAGAGUAUAGCAAGUUUUUAUACCAACACCUGAAUGUGCUUUUAUUACAUUAAUUAUAUAAACCAAUAUUUGUAUGUGUAAUGAAAAAUGAAACAACUAUGAAAGUAACCCAGUACAGAUCAACUUUGUAACAGCUGGAGGUCUUUAAUAGAGUCCAGAUUUAGCAAGUUGUGAAAUGUAUCUGUUCUACUUGUUUUGGCAGAUUUAUCAACACUUUAUGUUCUUUAUUAAUAAUCAAUGAUUUUGACUGCACAUUGUGUGUUGAUUGGAUGUGUGUCUGGCUGUUGACUGUCCCUCUGUAUCUGCAUGCUGUUGGUAGGCAUCAUUCAUGCACGUGAUCGGCUAAAGGCUGCAUGCUACAAAGUAUAAAAGCCCUGAGAGUUACGACAGCUUUUCAGGAGAGUGGGAGGUGUCAAAGGUCAGGCCUAUGGAAGCAGGAUGUUUGAUUCUCAGAAGAUAUAUUCAGGGUGCAGUGUCACUAAGCAAAGCUCUAGAUUGGCUAACUGUAAUGUGGCCAACACAAAGCACAGUCCGGUAACUGAGGAGUGCUGAUCUAAGACCAGCUAGACUCUUUCAGAGGCAAUUGCAGGAUUCUGUAACUACAGAUCACAAGUCAAGUUUCAAUGAUGCAAUCCUGCAACAGUAAUGAAGCACCAAAGUCCGAAUGCUCAGGCAGAUUAUGACUCUAUGUGUGGGAAACAACAGUGGUUUUGCCAAAAAGAAAAACACACUGCUACAGAACACAGAGUAGACAUUUAUUAGUUUGUUAAUCUUAAUAGAUACUAAUAUUUUGAAAAGACUUUCCUGAGAGGUAUUCUCUGGUUCCUAAUCAGUGGUCUUUUCUAGAAGCUUGAUACAUGUACAUUAUGGUCCCUGGUUCCUUUAGCCUUUUCCUUUAUCGGGUGAUGUGGAACACUGACUCCAGAUCAGUGGCGAGUUGUGACUGCUCAUAGACCGGUGGCACCACUCGCUCUUUAGUGUCUCAUGAAUGUGGUUUAUGUUAUAAUCUUCAUGUUGUGCUGUUUUCACGUUAUAAGAUGUUAGUUGCUCUUUCUGUUUGUUUGCUUUUGCUUGUUUGUUGUGGCAGUUGGUGUUGUUGGUUUUAUUUCUCUAGCUUAUGCUCAGAAAUUCAGGAAUGUUUCAAAAGAUAUAUCCCAUUACACACCUCAUAUCUGACUGAUACAGAUAGGAACUUUUCAAAUGUUUGUACAUUUUUCCUCUCCAUGUGUAUCUAAGAGUUGUUCUCUCCUACCGUGUUUCCUAUAAUAUAUAUAUAUAUAUAUAUAUAUAUACAUAUAUAUAUAUAUAUAUAUAUAUAUAUAUAUAUAUAUAUAUAUAUAUAUAUAUAUAUAUAUAUAUAACCUUUUGCAUGUGCCAAACCUGGAGAUCGCCAGAACCCGACAACAGCAGCGUUGCACUAGCUUUAGUCACAUGGAGGGCUCCUUCGUGGCAGCUUCUCCCUGUGCAGGCGGAGACCUGCCUGAAGCCACACCUGCUGUACACUCUGUUGGCCACAUAACUUAAAGCAUGCUGCCAUGAGUAUACCAAUGCACAUUGUGUCAGUACGCUUUACAAUUCCAGUCAGUUUGAUAAACAUCAUGCACGGUACUAGAGUUUCCUGCCUCUCUACCCUUGGGCUGAAUUGUGUCUGAAAAACAUUGCAACUUACGGAGCAUUUGAUUUCACACCACGGUGAAUUCCACAGAAGUGAGAGAGAAAUAUUCCUUGUACAUAUAGUUUAACAGUCUUGCCCUUGCCUGAGCCUAUCUUGCACCUCUGUAUGUGCCGACUGAAUAGAUCAAUCCCUUUAAUAGAUUAUCUACCUGCUUUCCAAACGUAAUCAUGUUUUCCAAAAGCCACAGCCAGUGUGAGCAUGAAAAAAAAAGAUUUCUCACUCUCCCCGUGUGUGCCUUUCCCAACUUGAGCAGAUAUACUGUACGUUCUUCUUACUCUUCGUCGUCCUCGCUCUGAUCUAAGCUCUGUACUCAGCCAUACCUUUACUCCACUUACUGUAUUUUAAGUCCCCUGUCAAACAAGCCUACUUCAGAUUUUAUUUAAGCCAUGUUAGUGUUUCAGCAUAUCUCGCAAAUGAAUGAAUGUGAAUAAAAAAGUAAAUGCGAAAAACAAAAACAAAAGGUCCAUCAUCUGGUCUGUAAAACAGAAUUUUAAGCACAUUUUGUUAACUGACGCCAAUAACCUUUACAGCCAUAACACUGCAACUUCAUCCUCCUGUGUCUGCGUGCUUUACCUUUACCUCCCUGUGCCUAUUAAUGACUGAUGUAUUGAGCUAUGGAAUAUAUGCAUCGACAUUAUCAAAGGGUGAUCUUCGGGGAGUGAAGGAACAAUGAACAGGUGAUUGAUUGGAUUUAGUUUAACGAGCAAAAGGAUAGAUGAUGCUGGCUUGUUUGAAGGACGACCCCUGUGCCUCAUCCUAUUGAACCGUCCCUCCUUCGACUUCUCUUGUGCGCCCUCGUUCACUCUACCUGUUCCUCCUUCCUCAGUGCCUGGGCCAAGUCAAUCCAUCAUCGUAUCGACAGUGUGCUCCUCUUCUUACCCUUUAAAUCCCAUCAGAUCAGGAAAGCAGUUGAUUUCUUUUGUGCUAUUCCCUCAGCACAGUUUCCUCCUCUCUGGUCGUUCCCCAAAGGCACCAUGAGAAAGGAGUUGGCCAAAUGUAUUUGGUGUAUUACUUUGUUUACAUUCUAUCUGAUGUCCUCACCUUUCUGUAAUUAAUUUAAUUGAUUAGGAUGGCCAGAAGAUAAUGAAGUUUCAUGUAAAGAUGUGAUCUUUAAUGGAAGGUUUUAAGAGAUAGGUCUGGUAUGAUUUGGUCUGGUAUGAUUUGUUGUUGUUUGUUUUUUUUCAAUUGGCAUUUCUUACAAUUCUUGCUUUAUAUGAAGCUUGUGUAACGUCUUUCUUCUUUGUCGUUAGUCAUUACUCUCCGCUGUGUCCUGUUUGCUGUGAAAUGAGAGAGUUGAGGUGAGCUGCCAUCUUUUUGGCCGUACAGAGCACAGGAUCAAUGAUGUGCGGGAAUGCCUUAUCCCUCAACCCAUACAGCAACGUGGUCUCGAACUCUCCUGUCUUGUUCAUGUAUUAUCUCAGCAUCCCUGUCCUUGUACAUAAAUGACUUACAGUAGAUACCUUCAUAGACUGUAAAAGAAAGAAUAUAUUGUAUUUUGCAAAUGGUGUAUGUUUGUUUUCUCCCCCUGUCCGCCUGAAACCUUUAAAAUGAGUCUGAGCUAUUUACCUUGUAAUUGAUUGUGUCAUUUGUACCUAAUCUAUGAUAAUGCAAAUAAAAAACAAAAGGAGAAUCCUA